AUGAUGCAGUUUGAAUAUGAACCUGAGGUGCUUAUUGAAGCUGUAAAAAAACGACCAGGCAUUUGGGACAACGAAAAUAUCAACUACAGGUCGAAGUCGGCUCGUCACAAGCUGUGGUUAGAAGUCGUUCGUGAAGUGGCAGGCGAGGACGUAAAAGUAUCAAAGAGUGAAAUGCGCGAGUUAGAACUACAACUUCAGAAAAAGUGGAAGAGCAUACGAGACUGCUUUCAUAAAUACGUAACAAACCCAAGAAGAACAAGAAAACCAUACGUCUACUUGUUGGAAGCACCUGAGAAAGAUAAAAUUGACCAAAAUGAGCUCAGACGAGGAAGAGACGACGACGACGACGUGGAUUUCUUUGUGGAGGAUGAUGUUCAGGCUACGAAUGAUGUUAAAGUGGAGCCGCCACCACCAAAACCAAUUACUGAAUUCGCUUUUGCGAAUGUAGAAGGGCCGAGCAAGAGUGACGAUGACGAUCCAGAUAGAAUGUUCCUUUUGUCCUUACUCCCACACAUCAAAGCCAUACCCGAUGAGUAUAGAUUGAAUGUUAAAAUGGAUUUAAUGCAAGUACUGAGAAACGCCACCAAUUUUCACGUAGAUAGUAUGAAAAUGAAUGAAAGUAGCUUUAACAUACAUUAG